AUGCCACCACCAGCCUCCACAUCUCACUCUUCAUCCGGCGCACCUCCCAUUAUUCCUCCCGACCAAGUCUCCAAGGAAGCAACCCGCGGUUUUCUGUCCGGCGCCUUCCGCUUCACCUCCAUCUCCAUCCUUGCACACGUACUCCUCCAACGCGUACACCCUGUCUACCGUGGCCUGACGUUGCAAUUCAAAAUUUUCAUUCAAUUGUCAGCCGGGACGCUGGGAGGAUGUAUAUUCGCGGAGAAGAGGGUCAAUGAGUAUAACAACAUGGUGAGGAGACAGCAGAGGGCGCUGGAUCGGAGUCAUAGGGCUUGGAGUGAGGAAAUGGAGGUCAGGGCUGCUAUGGAGAGGAGGGAGAUGGAAAAAGGGAGCGGAAAGGUUGCUGAGGAGGUUUGA